GACGGUAGGGACCGUAGCGGUUCUCUUGUUCUCAAUCAGCUAGCAGCACGGCGUGUGAUCGCUACUCUGUGAGCAUAGAUGUGCAAAACCUCUGGACUAUCCCAUUGCUGGAGAGGCCACAAGCGACCAGCGUGGAGGACUGUGUCUGUUUAACCGACUAAAGGGAACUAAGGCACGGCGGAGAGCAUGGCGGUAGAAGAGGAAGGUCUCCGGGUUUUUCAGAGCGUUAAAAUAAAAAUAGGGGAAGCAAAAAACAUCCCUCCAUACCCGGGGCCAAAUAGGAUGAGGGACUGUUACUGUACUGUCAACCUGGAUCAAGAAGAGGUCUUCAGAACUAAGAUCAUUGAGAAGUCACUCUGUCCCUUCUACGGAGAGGACUACUACUGUGAGAUCCCACGUAGCUUCCGACAUCUCUCAUUCUAUAUCUUCGACAGGGACGUCUUCAGGAGGGAUUCAAGUAUUGGCAAGGUUGCAGUGAAGAAAGAGGACCUGCAGAAAUAUCACGGGAAAGACACCUGGUUCCAGCUCCAACCUGUCAGCGCUGACUCAGAAGUGCAGGGAAAAGUGCACUUGGAGCUCCGUCUUAGUGAAGUCAUCACAGACAGUGGAGUCAUCAACCACAAACUAGCCACACGAGUGCUGGAGUGCCAAGGUCUUCCAAUUGUCAAUGGCCAAUGUGACCCCUAUGCUGCUGUCUCAUUACUUGGUCCUUCCAGGUCAGAAGCAAAGAAGACCAAGGUGAAAAGAAAAACCAAUAAUCCACAAUUCGAUGAGGUUUUCUAUUUUGAGGUGACACGGCCAUUAAGCUACACAAAGCGUCAAUUUGAUGUCGAAGAGGAAGACGUGGACAAACUGGCACUGCGCGUGGACCUAUGGAACGCGAGCAACUUGAAGUUUGGUGAUGAAUUCCUGGGAGGAGUCCGAGUUCCUCUCAGAGUACUGGGUCAGGUUGGAGUCCAUGACGCUUGGUACUAUCUCCAGCCCAGAGAGAAUGGAGGGAAGUCUGUCAAGGUCGAAGAGCUCGGAUCCCUGCGUCUGAACAUCGUUUACACCGAAGACCACGUUUUCCCAUCCGAGCAUUACACCCCUCUGAGAGAUUUGCUGCUGCACUCCGCCAACACACAACCUGUGUCGGCAUCCACAGCUCACAUUCUCGGUGAGGUGUGCCGAGAGAAGCAAGAAGCGGCCAUUCCGCUUGUGCGACUCUUUCUCCACUAUGGAAAGAUUGUGCCUUUCAUCAGUGCGAUUGCUCACGCUGAAGUCAACCGUACACAGGACCCAAACACCAUUUUCCGGGGAAACUCGCUCACGUCCAAAUGCAUUGACGAGACCAUGAAACUAGCAGGAAUGCACUACCUGCAAGUCACACUUAAGCCAAUCAUAGAUGAGAUAUGCACAGAACACAAGUCCUGUGAAAUUGAUCCAGUUAAGCUGAAGGAGUCUGAGAACCUGGAGACAAACAGAGAAAAUCUUCGACACUACGUGGAUCGUAUCUUCAAUGUCAUCACCACCUCCGGUGUUAGCUGUCCGACUGUCAUGUGUGACAUCUUCUUCUCCCUGCGAGAGUCUGCUGCCACACGUUUCCAAGUUGACCAAGAUGUACGAUACACUGCAGUCAGCAGUUUCAUCUUCCUGCGUUUCUUUGCUCCAGCCAUCCUAUCUCCCAACCUCUUUCAUUUAAGGCCACACCAUCCAGAUCCCGCCACCUCCAGAACCCUGACCCUCAUUUCCAAGACCAUCCAGACCCUGGGAAGUCUUGCAAAGUCUAAAUCUGCCAAUUUCAAAGAGUCCUACAUGGCUGCAUUUUACGACUACUUCAAUGAGCAGAAGUAUGCAGAUGCUGUGAAGAAUUUUCUGGACCUCAUCUCCACGUCGGGCAAGUGGGAUCAGAAGAGUAUUGAGACACCAAUCAUGCUCAAAGAGGGGAGUGUAAAAGUCACUAUAAAGAGGGUUGAUGGGAAAGGGUCAAAAGGCACGAAGGGCAGAUUUAUGAUAAAGAGAGCACAAGGCAGGAACCGGUUUGGAAUGAAGAAUUUCAAGAAGAGAUGGUUUCGCCUCACCAACCAUGAGUUUACUUACCACAAAACUAAAGGAGAGGGGGCUCUGUGCAGCAUUCCCAUAGAGAACAUUCUGGCAGUAGAAAGGCUGGAGGAGGAGUCUUUCAAGAUGAAAAAUAUGUUUCAGGUGAUCCAGCCAGAGCGGGCGCUCUACAUCCAAGCCAACAAUUGUGUUGAGGCGCGGGAUUGGAUCGACAUCUUAACCAAAGUCAGCCAGUGCAACCGCAAGCGUCUUAGCACCUACCAUCCAUCAGCCUACCUCAAUGGUCACUGGCUCUGCUGCAAGCUUUCUGCCGACACGGCGCCUGGCUGCACGCCCUGCACAGGUGGCCUCCCUGCCAACAUCCAGCUGGACGUCGAUGGAGACAGAGAAACAGAGAGGAUCUAUUCUCUCUUCAGCACCUACAUGACCAAAAUGAUCAAGAUGCAAGAGGCCUGUGGCAGUAAGUCGGUGUACGAUGGCCCCGAGCAAGAGGAGUACUCUAGCUUUGUCAUCGAUGACCCCCAGGAGACCUAUAAAACCCUGAAGAUGAUCGUGUCGGCUGUUCAGACGUUGGAGCAGCAGCACACAAAGUACAAACGAGACAAGUUCAAGAAGACCAAGAUAGGAAGCCAAGAACAUCCAAUAGGGGACAAGAGUUUUCAAUGCUACAUCCGCCAGCAGUCUGAGAGCUCCACCUACUCCAUCUGACCAAUGACCCUUUUGUCCUUGACUGUUUCUGUGAUGCUCAUAAGCGUACAUCAGUGUCCACGUGCACUGAUAUGACUUCCACUUGCAGCGGUAUACAUUUCCUGAUGGGUCCACGUCGACGGCAUGUUCAAGAAGCAUUUUGCCACAUAUAUGGAGAGAAACAGAUUGCAGAUCAGUUAUGCAGGAGGAGGAACAUAAGUGCAGGAAGAAGUAACCGCUCAUUCUUUCCGUGAUGUGACGACAAGAGAAACUUUUUUUUUUUCACUGGACGAUUUUUGACAGUGAACGACGUGCACUUUAAUUGCCUCCAAAUCAACGGACAUAAUAAGCCUCGCAGGAUAUUUUCAAGAAGUGUAUUUUAUCGCUUUUGAUUUGUAUUUUUGGUAACGAUUGUUAUACUAUUUCUUUGUAUUCCAUGUCUCGCAGACCAAAACCUUACAAAGGAGCAAGUGGUAAAUCUUGUUCUUAAGGUGGAGGACCUCACAAGAAGGGAUUGUUGGGACCAAGUGCAGACUAGUGUGCUGGAUGUGUGAGAGCGAUCACACCCCGCUGGCGCCUGCUGCCAUCGUUUAUCAUGAACGUGCUAACAGAUGCUGAGAUUUUAUUUGGUUAGCAUGCUUUGAUGUGGUGCCCUGGUCUGAAAUGAAUUCAAAUGACCUGGAUGGUUAUUUUAAGUUAGCCACUGACUUCAUUGUUGGAGGUCCUGGGUAUCAGGAUGGAGCUGCUCUAAAACUGCAAACUCAACACUUGACCCAUCUCUCCCUAAAAAUGCUAUUUUUAAGUCUUAACCCACCAACUCAUGUUUUGACCUUCUCAAGUCAUUAUUGCGAAAUGGGUGAUACUGUUAGUGGUUAAUUUGUGUUUUAGCUUAUAGUGUCAAUUAGAUUUUAUACAGUCCUCUGACAUGCUGCCUGUCAUCUGCAUCUCAGAUUCCAUUGAAGGUACUGGAUUUGAAUUUUACUAACACGUCUGUGUGUUUUUUUUCCCAAAGGCAACCCUUUUUUCGCGCCUCCUAAAUCAUCACUAUUGAUUUUUUUAUUGCCAAACCAGUGCAUGUGUAGCUUCCAGUCACUUUUUGUGACUUUACACCACUUACAUAUUUCAUAUCUCCAAAUGUAAACCCUGGUUGUGUACCUUCAGUGGUGGUCAGUGCCAGUCAUUACUUUUAUAUAAUCCUCUUUAUGAAAAUACUAAAGAAAAAAAAUAUGUUUUUUUUGAAUAUAUAUCAUAAACAGUGAUGUUUUAAACACUUCAAUCAUUUAUGUUGUUGUAUGAAUUUGACUAUUUGUCAUACAGGCAUUUGUUGUACAUUUGAGUUGAAUGACUGAAGUGUAUUUUAAUGUGUGUGUGUGUGUGUGUGUGUGUGUGUGUGUGUGUGUGUGUGUGUGUGUGUGUGUGUGUGUGUGUGUGACUGACAUGCCAACUGAAUUAACUCAGUGUUACAGGUGAGAUGAAGGCACAGUGCCAGUUGUAAAAUAUAUAUAUAUAUUAAAAAAACAACAUGCCUGUAAUGAUGCUAUAAACGGUAGAAAUAUCUCCUAUUCCCUCACAGCUCCUCAUCAUGGAACCUAAUUAAUUCUCCCCAGCCAUGCCACUUGUGUAACUAUCCUCAGGUUUGCUGCAUUGCAGUUCAAACCGCACACAACCAAGCCUUUUCACUCACGUUAUUUGUAUUAACUUGUGUUUACCUUCUCGAAAAAACAUCAGCGAGAAAGUAACGGCAACUCCAAUCCACCUUAAAAAAAGGGAGGACUUAUGCAAUAAUGUUAUUUCGCCAUGCAAUAAUAUUGACAUCCCGGGAAAAAUUACACAUUUCUAACAGACAUCAGAUGAACGUUUGCGAUGGUAUGCAUCACACAUCAAAGGGAGAACAGUGUAUUUUGUACAAGUAUUAAAAUAAGCCUACGGAAUGUGUAUACUGUAUAUACGAAUAUGUGGAAUGAAUGGUGAAAUGUUGAUGUGUUUUACCCCUUAAUAAUGAAAUGAAACUAUUAAUGCACA